UAUACUCAGUUACACACACCAUAGUACAAUACUUUUCUCCUUCAAUUCGUUAUUUCGCAAUUCAAUUCUCACACGCCAGAACCUCUUCUUAACCGGCGCCGGAAAUUAUCAUCUUCACCGGCGCCGAGGAUUCUGUUCCUAGCACUUCUCUUCCACGGUGUAUUUUCAAGUGGAACUCAGUGGUUUCUCUUAACGCUCGUCGGGAGAAUUGCAUCGGCUCUGUAGUAGUUGGUAUCCCUCUGGAAUUCUGCUUUUCUCAACCCUCGCCGGAAUUCGCUGCUUGUAGUGAGGGUGAUGGCGAUGAGGAUGGAAGCUGUACUGGAAACAAAAAUCAGACCACCAAGGUCAUGCCCAGAAACGAGAGCUCACAUGCCUCCUUGUAGAUAUACAUGUAGGCAUUCUUCAAUGGGUUCAUAUGCACUAUUGCCUUCCAACCUUGUUGAAAUUCAAAGCAGCAACAUCAGUGGAUUUUCUUAUUGUCAACCAGAGAAGAAAAGACUUGGAGUGGGGAAAACUUUUUGUUCUGCUGCUAUACAGACAAGCACAUACGGCGAUAACUUAGCUAUAGCUCCUUCACAUGUUGCAGAGGAAAAGAUUGGGGUGCUUCUUUUGAAUUUAGGAGGACCUAAAACUCUUAAUGAUGUCCAAUCGUUCUUGUUUAAUCUAUUUGCUGACCCAUACAUCAUUCGCCUUCCUAUGUUGUUCCGUUUUCUGCAAAGACCUCUAGCUCAAUUGAUUUCUAAGCUUAGAGCCCCUAAAAGCAAAGAAGGAUAUGCUUCUAUAGGGGGGGUUCACCAUUGUGAAAGAUAACUGAUGAGCAGGUGAGAUAAGUUUUCUCUUGCAGACUUUGUUCCCUGCUUUCUUCGCCAUCAUAGACUUGAUAAUGAUUGUUUUGAUUUCUUUUCACAUAUGGUUGUCUAAUUCUCUUAUUUUACUGUCUCAUUAAUAUUUAAUCUUUUUUCUGAAGGCAAAUGCACUUAAGUUGGCAUUGGAAGCAAAGAAAAAGAAUGUAUCUGUCUACGUUGCCAUGAGAUACUGGUAUCCGUUUACAGAGGAUGCAGUUCAGCAGGUACAUCAAGGAGAGGAAAAUGUAUGGCAUGAAGAACAAUUGCAGUAGCACGAAUGACAAUUUUUAGGCGGUGGAUCUCGCUUAAAAGUGGAGCAUGGUUUUGGAAUUAAUUAGGCAACUAGCUAGUAAUCUUUUUUUUUUUUAAAUAUAUUUACGCUAGAAGUAAAUAUUUUUUGGUGCAUAUAUAUUAGGUUGGAAGUAAAUAUAUUAGGUGAUCAAACUUCUCUUGGGAUUUGAUAUAUAUACAAUAGUACUAUACUAUAGUACUUGGUGUUGGAAAUUGUCGAACGAUUGGAUGACCUUGAAUAUAUUUAUGGAUCUUUUUGGAAAUCUAAUUUUUUAUCAUUAUGUUUAUUUGGAAUUUUUUUUGAAUUAUUUCAGCUUUGCAUCAACAUCAAGUUAACAGGUUAAUAUAUACAUAUUUAUAGAUCCGUCGUUGCAAUAGCCACAAUAUGAAAAAAAAAUUGCAACGGUUCAUGGGAUACC